AUGAGUCCAGAGAACAAAAAGUCGACGCUGAGUCUGUUUUCGAGGUCGAAAACGCGACUAGUCCGCAGGUCCAAAAUCUUGCUCUCCCCAAGAACUCCUUGCGCGGACGCGUUUCCGGAGGAUGCUCAAGAAAAGAGAAAAGAAGAGCUGGAGGCAGAGAACAAAAUGCUCAAGGAACAAGUGUCAAAGCAGAAGUUCAUGAUUCUCAAACUCAUCGAUGAGCUCGAGUACAUGGAAAGUCUCUGCAAACAGAAGGCAGCUAUAGUGGUGGACCCUACAUCGCCUACAAAUUCCUUUUCGUCCAACGCCUCGUCUAUGGAAACACUGGCCGCCAAAAACAGUGAGAAGGAAAAGCUGAUAAAGCAGCUCAGCCUCAAAACCAAGCUACUCGAGUCCAACGUAGCUGACCUGCGCAGCCAACUGAAGUCUAAUCUCUGCGAGUACCAGCGCAGUCUCUCCAACUUAUCCGACUCUGUGACAAUGAUCAAGGAAAACCAGAGGUUCCUUACGCCAACGCCGAGAUCCCAUAUUGUUCCGAGCUCGCGUUUUCUUGAUCUCAAACAAUACACCGACACAGACGCGGGCGAGACCUUCCGGCGUCUGCAGUCUCCACCAGGAAUAAUUCCCGUCAAGUCCAGCGAGUUUGACAGCUUCUUCGAGGGAGAAAAGGAUUACUUUCUUGUCUUGUUUUUGACCGCACAAACAAACCAGAAUUGCAAGCUGUGCCAGUAUUUCCAACCCGUGUAUGAAACAGUUGUGCGCUCAUUUUAUGAAUCGAACCCGUCGUUCCAAAAAGUGUUUUUCCUCUCUGUCGAUGCUAGCGAUAACAUUGCACACUUCCAGAAAUACAAUAUUAGUACUGUGCCACACCUCUGGAUCUAUCCUAUAUCUUCCUUUAUCUACAAGCCUGUUGAUAGCGACGAUGCUUUCGACAAAAGAAUCCCCAUGCCAGAGAACCUGUCUAUUGUGAGCGAGCAUUACACCUAUCCAAUAACGGACACCAUCACGCAGGCGGAUCAGGAGCUCCGGUUCGCCACGUUUUUGGGUGAGCUCACCCAAACCAAGAUUGUGAUCAACAAGCCAAUGGACUUGGUGCUGGCAUUGAAGUACUGCGCUGGCUUUUUCGUUCUGUUCAGGAUUCUGAGGUCUAGAAAAGAGAGAGUGCUCGACAAAAUUAGAAACGGAACAGCGGUGCUGGUUCUGAGUAUUAUCGCAAUAUACAUAUGCUUUUCUGGUGUGAACUUUGCUGUGCAAAGAAACGUGCCGUUCUUGGUCAAAGACAAAGACGGGAGCCUCAAGUAUCUCACCCCUGGAGUCCAGAACAUGAUAGGAGCGGAGGUCACACUAUCAAUAGCGUUCCAGAUGGUAUUUUCGCUUCUUCUAUGGCUUUUAAUCCAAGGUGUUCCUAGGAUCCCAAAGGAAAAUCAGGCUGUCGGCAUGCUGCUCUUUGCUGCCAUGCUUUUCCUCACCUACAACUUGUUCACCAGCAUGUUCAAAGCCAAAGACCCCGGUUAUCCAUUCACCUACCUUUAUAUACCUAUUUUCUAG